UGAUCGUGUCAGUAGGGUAGAUGUGUGGACAGAGUUGGCAAUGGAGUUUGUUGCAGGGAUAGGUUCCUGGAUUCGUGUUUCUGUUGGAGGGUGUGAAGUUGGUGGUAUUUGCCUUAGGUUGGGUGGCUGUCUGUAAGCAAUUUCUUGCACACCUUGGGAGGCAGGCAAUUGUGAGGGAUCAUCAUCUAUGGUAGGUUGAUGAAGAUCAGGAGGGGUUUGGCUUGUCAGCUCUAAAGGUAUAGGCUUCUCUUGGUCAGCCUGGUACAUCUUCUUGACUUAAUUGACUCCCACUACUAAGGCCUGACUAUACCUGAAAGUUAGGUCAACCUAGGUGCAUUGCUACUCCGUGCAUCAUAAUUAGGUUGACUUAUGCCCCCCGCAGCUAGUUGGAUAGAAGAGAAGGGUGGAUUUUUCACACUAGUGGAAGAAGCCUUUUUAUUGCUGUAGUGAGUGUUUGUACUACACAGUGUACCUGCACUUGUGCCAUUGCAGCGCUUGUAGUGUAGACCUGUCCUUGGUCCCUGCAACUCUAUAGUUUGCAGCACUUCAUCUGCAUUCUGUGGAGGCCCUAGUUUAAACAGCAUUCCAACAUAACAGCCGUUUCCAAAACCUUGUCAACUAAGUACAAAGGUGCAAGAGUUGAAACUACAAUCUGGAGUGCUGUCUACGCUAAAAACUUCCCAUGUUGCUGAUAUUAGUGUUGACACCAGUAGGAAGUUUUUGCUGAACUUUCUUAAUGUAGACAAGGCCUAUAUCUGAGGUGUGGGUAUUGUUACUGCUAGGCACACAGAUUGCUAGGCCAACCAGCUGGGUUGGGAAUGCUGAUGAUGUCACCAGUGUGUCUGAUAUUUAGUGACUUGAUCAGUCUCAACAUUGUAGAAUCUCUGGCACAUAGUGUUGCUCACUAACAGUGCUUGAUAGGGUGGAGAACUUGUCUUUAUCCAGUCUCAUAGUUUAAGGUGGAAUACAUUAAGCUUGGCUACAUUCUUACAGAUGAAGAGAUGAGCCUAAGAUCGCUUUGAUUUGACAUCUCAGCCUCACAUCCUUUAAACAAGGUCUGUUAAGAUGAAAAUUGAACUUUAAGGUUAGCAGCAUUGUUUUGAUCCUUCUCCAUAAGUGGUACAGAGACGUCUACAGUCAGCCUCUUCUGGCUACAGGUCAGGACCUCCAAGCACCUUGCUGGGGAAAUGGGCUUCAUCUCCAUCUCUGACCUGCAAUGCCAACAACACACACCCUGCUGUAGUCACAUGACCUGGAGCACCAGGGAGUUCAAGGAAUGGGCUCACCAAGAUGAGGUCAUCGUGCCCAAACAGAGUGUUCUGCCUCGGGCUCACCUAAUCCUGAUUGGCUACCUGACAGAUGGAAGAAAGCAGGAGGGGAAAGCGAAGCUAAUGGAUGGUAACCUGUAUGUGCAAGACAACACUGGUUCAAUGCCCUGUGAGCUUCUGCAUUUUGACUUUGAGUGGCUGGAGUUACUGUUUCUCUUCCCCAGCUGGGCAUACAUACCACAUACAAGUCAGAGCUCAGCUGGAUAUGUGGAAAUCCUGGCAGAUCCUGUGCCAGUGGAUAUUCGACCAGAGAGAGUGGUGAACACCAUCCCUGUCUUCUACCCAGCAACAGCUGCACAGUUGCUGAGUACCAGGGGUGAAUAUAAGAAAAGAAUAAAGCUGAAUGUGGCAGGUGAGCUGGCCAGACUCAGCACCCUCCUGUGCAUCCACCACAAGACGUUCUUUUUCCUCUUUCUGAAGUGCUUCUCCUCAGUCUCCUGUGUCCCAGUACUGGUGCAGAAGCCUCCCCAGCUAGCUUGGCACCACAUGCUCCAGUUGGGCCAUGGCUAUGUGCUGACAGCAUUGAGUGUGUCCAGCCUGAAGGCAUCGGGACACAAGGUAUUCGUCACCAGCUUCUCCUCAUGCCUCCUGCCAUACUCUGCAGAGCAGGUAAAGGAACAGACUCUAGAAAAUGCCUGGCAUGGAGGACCACAUCGGACAGUUUCCCCUGAGGCCUCUGUGCAGCUCAGCAGCCCCCUGGAGCUGACAGAUGAGAAGUUGCCAGUGCUAGUCAAAGAGUCCAAGAUCCUGUCAUACAUGGGGACCAUCACCCAAGUACUAAAUGCCCAGGCUGGCCUCUAUGAGCUUGAUAACAAGGUCUGUCUGUGCCUUGCUUACCAGCAGCAGUUGAACUCUGCCCGUGGACUCCGACCAGGAGCAUGUGUGGAGCUCCGAGAUGUUCACCUCCUACAGAAACCCCUGGCUUCUUUCCCCUUUGUUGUCAUCCUUGGUGCCUGUCUGCAAAGCACUGUUGUUCUCAAGGGUUUUUCGAGGCUCAGCACCUUCCACCAGCUUGUAGUCUCCUCUAGAAAUCUCUACAUGCAGCUGCUCUUCCGCUUCAACCUAGGCCUGCCGCUCUAUCUGUGGCUGGUGAGCUUGUUGGAGAUGCUGGAGCAGAGAUUUUGCUGUUUCUUUGGGCGCCGGCGGCUGUUCAUCUGCUCGGGCCCUCAGAGGCCUGGAAUAGCCGAGAAGUUUCUUGUCCCCAUUCUGAAAGCUGUGGUGCCUUGUAAGGAGCGAGUGAGAGAUGUUCAUCGUGAGAUCCUAGCAGAUAUGCACCAUUGUCCCCUGCAGCAAUAUCAGCCCCUGGAGCCCCCAUGCCAGGCCCCACCUCUUUCUCUGCUGUGCUCUGUGGCUGAGCAGAGAAGCUGGGAAGCCUUUAAUCCGUCACAGCUGCUGUCCCAUUUGGAUGCCCAGCACAUGGGCACCCAGGAGCUGAAUCGCAGACUGGCUUGGUCCUAUAAUGCAUUCUCAGCAGAGAGCUUCCAACCCCGAAUGGUAUUGCUGGGAGUGCUGAGAGCUUCCUCCAGCAGCGGCUCCCUUCAGCUGCGGGACAAGAGUGAUUUGCUUCCCUGUGUAAUAUCCCACAGAGAUGGCAGUCCCUUCAGUGACACAGCUCUCAUAGGAUCCCUUUUGCAGGUGGAAGCCUACCAGCUUGUGGUGGAACGAUUUCUUCAAAGUGACUUUCCCUCCUGGGAGCAACUGUUGACUCCGGAACAUGUGAGGGGCAAAGAAACAAGGCUAUAUGUGCAAUUCUGCUUUGAAGACGUGCAGAUUCUUCAUAUGCCUGAGAGACAUGUCCAAGAGGGUCCUACAAGCAGUGACAGUCCCUUGUUGGGGAAGAAGGAUGGUCAGUGCUCAGAGGUGGAGCUGAGAUCCCCAGAGGCAAAGGUGCCAAAGCUGGAGAGGACCAGCCCAGGAGCUGGCACUGCAGAGUGCUGUGAUAGAGGCCAGAGCAGUGCCAGAGGAACCAGCUGCAUGUCCCGUCUGUUCCUGGUCACACAGAAAGAGGGGCUUAUGUCUCGCAACUACCUUCCGGCUGCAGGAGGAGAUGGAAAGGGGCAGGAUCUGCAGCUCAGCUUCCAAGUCACCGUACUCUGGAUGAGCAAACCUCAGCUCUGGAGGCAUCCCAGGGAAAUUGGGAACUUGCCAGAGCUGGAGCAGACCAACAAGGACAGCAAGGCACAACAGAGAGCGCUGCUGUUCUUUAUGGGGAGAUCACUUCGAUGGUUCCCAUUCCUGCACCCAGAUGGGCUGUACCGGCUUAUUGUGCCCCAGUGUUUGGACUUUGGGGUAUUUGAGCAGACCGGUCUCUCACCUUUAGAAGGGAGACUUUUGAACCAGUCAGGAUGCCCUUCGUAUCUACUGGUUUCAGAUACCUGGCACCUACAGCACGAGACCUGGCUCACCUGCUUGGCUCAGCCCCAGGCGAUGCCAGAGUCUGUCUGCCCCAUCCCUGCCAGCACCGUCUUCUCCAUUCCAGAGCUGCUGAGCAACAGUUUCACAGGCUCCCUUGUCUCUUUCUCUGGUGUGAUAGUGGAGCGGACGUUGUGUGCUGAAAAGUUCUCUACGCCCUGUGACAUGCGGCGGCAGAAAGGGACCCUCCUGUGUUGGGAUCACAGUGUGAAGCUGAGUGUCUCAGCUGCUCCUGGCUCCUCUGCUGUUCUGGAUGUUUACAUAGCAAGUGCCUUCCUUCAGCAUCUCUGGGGUUUGCUGCCUGGGGCCAAGAUUCUCUUCCAGAACCUGCAGCGCAAAAUCUCCAGAUUCCACAAUGUUUAUUGCACAUACAUUGCCUCCAGCUGCAUCAGCAUCCUGGCUCUACCACCUUCCUGCCUGCUCCUUUCCUCCAAUCCUGCUGGUACAGCCUUCAAGUCCCCAGCAGACACGUCCCCCACGCUGGUGGUUCUGUCCGAACUGCUGCUUCAGCCUCACAGCCUAUCCCAGGGCCAGAUUCUCUGCCACUUGUCCUGUGUCCUGGAUUUGUCCGUGCAGUGGAUCUGCUCUGACUGCAGCAGCAUCUUCAGAGAGGGGAGAUGCAGCCGACAAAGCCCGCCCUGCCCAUCACACACAGGAGUGAGUAAAGCCUUUGCCAGGAUCCUGGUAGAGGAUGGAACAGGUGAGGUUCUGGUGCUGUGCAGGAACCAGCAGGUGGCAGCGUUGUUGGGCCUGAGUCCUGCGGAGUGGAAUGUUGUGCAGAGCAGUGUGCAGAGCAGGGGCAGCAUUUUAAUUCAGCAUGGAGGUGCUGGUGCCAGGCCCUGGUGUGUGGAGGAGCCUGAAGACCCUGUCACUUGCUAUCUCAGGAACCUGUGUAGAAGCCGUGCCAUCAGCCGGCCCAUGCUGCUGGAUUUCAGCCUUGACAGGAAACCGUCAAAGAUUCCCCAGCCAGAUUCAUCGCAGCCAAGAAGGUUUCUGACUGGUGAGGUGGAGUAUAUCUCCCGAGUUGGAGCUCGACUGAGCCUAAUGUGCCUGAACAUCCAGGAGGCAGAUCCCAAAGUCUUGUGUGGUCUAACCAGCAAGAGAAUCAAAACAUGGAUCAGUCACUCAGCUUGAGAGCUGGUCUCUCACACCUGUCCAUAGGGAAGACACGAGGAAGCCUCUAAUCCAGCUUAGCAACAUGUGAGUUGUGGCUGAAACUCCAGCCUGCGGGCUGGGACUGGUGCGUUUGUUAUUGUGGCUUUGAGGUCAGUGAGUGAGGGAUGGAAUUGAUUGUGUUUCCCCUGAGUUUGGUCGCUCUGGGACUCUUGACACAUGGCCUGUUUAGGGCUAAAAAUCUGGGAGUGACAAAAGUGUUCUGCCCCUUUUAGCACUCGGCUGUGGGCUGGACACACAAGAUUGUGUAUAUUUUAUAGUAGAGUAUCUCAUGUAAAUAAGUGUUUUUAAACAAAAUUAUAAAGACUAUUAGAGGUAGAGAACUUGAGCAGAAGAGCAUUUGUACCAGGCUUGAGAGCUGAGCACAGAGUUGCUUAAACUGGCUUGUUUGCCUAAUAAACCAAACAGCAGCAAUGGGGAAAGGCACAUAAUCAAAGAUGAAAUUAGCAGCCCCAUAGAAAGUGGUUGGAAAGUCAUUUGGACCUAGAUUCAAAGGGGAUUUAGGCCUCUGUGGUGCCUGUUAUAGGCACCCUGCUACCUAGUGGUAUUCUCAGCCCCAGGCAGGCUUUCCUUGCAUUCUUUGGGGGCUGUUAGAAAGGGCUUCUUCGGCAAGCUGAGCAAGGAAAUGUAAGCAAGCCAGAAUGAAGCCCUGAGGAAGGGGGCAGACCAACUAGGUGCCCUGCUUUCAUCAACCCAUAGUUACAGUCCUGUCACUUGGAUGCCUGGAGGAGAUGCUGCUAUUCCUGGCUAUGUGUCUCAGCAAUAAAUUCACUUACAUCAAUGUACAAAGAGGUGUGAUUAGUUGGUCCGACCUUUUUAAAAGGCACGUGAACGUGAAUCGAAGCAAAGUACGCUUUGGUUUCCUGGCUUUUUCCAGUAGACUAGUCACAUGCUCCAAAAUGGCUGUUCUCUGUCAGUGUCUUACCUCUCUCCAGCUGACGUUAGACCAGUGGUCACCAACCAGUAGCUCGGGAUAUGCUGGCAGAUCUUGGAGCCUCUGACAGGUGAUCCUGACUGGUUUGGCCAAGAGGCCAUCAAGUGCCAGCACAUCAACUGCUCCUCCCUCCACUGUUGCACAUCUGCUUUUUGCCUGGGAGCUGGCCCCCUUCUCCCUUGGGAGCCUCCUGCUUGCUGUACAGAGCAGGGAAGGGAGAAGGUGGGCACUCAUGUCAGGGUGAAUCCCUUUCCCCGUCAUGAAUCCCUGCAUCCUAACCAUGCCCCAGCCCUGAGCCUCUGGAUCCAAAUUCCCUUAUGGAGCCUGAACCCCCUCUUGCACCCCAGGCUUAGCUCAGAGCCCCUCUCACACUCCAAAUCCCUUUACCCAAGACGAGAGCCUUUACCCCAACCCUCUUCACCUUCCUGGUGAAAGGGAGAGAGCAGGGACAGGGUCUUGGAGAAGGGGCAUGAAGGAGGCAGGGCAAAGGUAUUUGGCUUGAGGUAGAUCCUGAAUUGCACUUAAAUUCAAAAAAUGGUCUUGUGCUUACAAAGGUUGGCGGUCCCUGCAUUAGACAAUGCUCACAAACUGCAAAAAGACCCACUGAGGAUCUCAGAAGAGUAACUCGGUUUUUAGACUACAAUAUUAAAAACCACACACACAAAAAAGCCACACAAUAAAUCUGACUAGUAAACAUGGGAGGAGAAUUCAGAAUGCUACUGUGUGGAGCAUAUAACCAGCAUCUGCAGGUCAUUUUCCAGGGCAAUCAGAAAACAUCUCUCAUGUUUUAGGCUAAAAGGCUUGAAUAAUUGUAUGACCAAUAAAAGUGUGGAUCUGCAUACUGAUGAGGGCUGGAAGACUGUUAUUGCCA